CGAACUGUGUAGGAGGUUAGUACGCUAUACAUUAUGUCAUGCGUUUUGACGAAAGCGUUAUCUACCACGUGAUUUUGACAAGACUUGCCGGUUGAUAUGUUUGUGAUUGUGUUGUGUAUACAGGUUUGACGGAAUAUGACCGCGAUGGAAAAUAUAAGGUUGUUCAUGUCUACGCAGCUUUUUUCAAGAUUGCUGUUUCUGUCGCUACUCCUACAUUCAACGCACGGCUUCGGCAAUGAAGGGCUUUUUGGUUCAAAAUACCCAAACGAUAUCCCCGAAUACGACUUGCUGCACGCUAUCGGUGUUCCAUUUAGCAAUCCGAAGACCCAGUACUUCGAUGAAGGCCUCGACGGUUUUCCGGCUUACGGGCUCAAGCCGGGAUCUGAUAUUAAAUCUCCGUAUCGACUCUUUAUGCCCGAGAAACUUUACGCUGAAUUCUCUAUAACGGCUACUGUACGACCGGCAAAUAAGGACGGCGGAUUCCUCUUUUCUGUCGUUAACCCUUUGGAAACUGUUGUUCAGCUCGGUGUACAGCUUAUACCGUCUGGUCCCGGGUUGACGAAUAUUUCUUUGCUAUAUACAGAUGCGAAUAUUUACGCGUUAUCUCAAACGAUCGCUUCGUUCGUGGUACCUUCGUUUUCUAAGAAGUGGACACGGUUCGCAUUGAGAGUAACAAAUGAUAAUGUAACGUUAUUUCUAAAUUGCUUAGAGUUUGAUACGGUGGUUGUUAAGAGGAAUCCGCAGGAAUUAGUCUUUGAUUCUGCUUCGACUUUGUACGUUGGUCAGGCGGGUCCACUCAUCUCUGGAGCUUUCCAUGGUGCCUUUCAAGAGCUGAAGCUUUUUGGAUCGCCUUCACAAGCCGAAGUACAGUGUGUGAACACAUUUGAGGAUAUAGGCAAAGGCGGCGAAGGAGACGAGAUUUAUAUUGACAAUUCAUUGGUGGACCAAGAAGAGGGGGAUGUUGAGGGGUCGGGGAGGUAUGGGACGAUUCCGCCAUUUCCGCCCCCACCACCCGGACUUAAUGGUUAUGCCCCAAUCUUAAGAGGUGAAAAGGGAGAGAGAGGACCAAGGGGUUUACCCGGAGAAUCGAUACGCGGACCACCAGGACCUCCAGGACCGCCAGGGCUUCCCGGUAUUCCUGGAACAGCUAUUGUUGAAUCAUCAGGAGAUGAUGCAAUGAAUAUAAAGCAAAUUUUCGGUGAGAACUACGCAUCAGUCGGGCAAUGUGGCUGCAACAGCAGCACACUAAUGGCACUUCUCGAGUUGGCACCGGAACUCCGAGGUCCUCCAGGUCCACCGGGGGUCACUGGAGCAGAAGGGCGCAUUGGACCACCUGGCAUACCUGGUCAAAUGGGGCCAACCGGUGAACGCGGUCCGAUUGGUCCUCGGGGCGAAAAGGGUGAUAGAGGGGAUGAAGGUCCCCGUGGUCCAGAAGGCAUAACAGGACAAAAGGGAGAGCCUGGCGUUGAUGGAAGACCUGGCACUGCUGGAGCGCCUGGACCACCUGGAUCGCCCGGUUCGUCUGACUACGGUAACUUUGAGUCAAAUUGGAAACCUAGGCAAAUAUACAAGGAAUCACUUUUGGGGGCUUACGGCGGAGGUGCGAUUGGCAGACCCGGAGCUCCUGGUCCUAAAGGGGAUGCUGGGCAAUCAGGGCCCGCUGGACUUCAAGGAGAACGGGGAUUUGCUGGAGCUAAGGGCGAAAGAGGUCUUCCGGGCCAAAGUGGUUUAAAAGGCGAUCGUGGUUAUCCUGGCCCUAAAGGUGACAGAGGAGUAAAAGGUGACCGUGGAGGUCCUGGUUUGGAUGGCCGUCCCGGACUUCCGGGGGCAAACGGACGCUUUGGUGAAAAGGGAGAAAAAGGAGAACGUGGCUCACCUGGGCCGCCGGGUCCACCAUCGAUUCCUGUCACAGGUUUUACGACGGAGGAUUCAGAAUUCCUUUCGUCUGGUCGAGUCGUUGCCGGAUUGCAUGGAGAGAAAGGCGAAAAGGGUGAAAAGGGUGACCCUGGAAAAGAUGGCAUACCAGGUUUUCCAGGCAAGGAUGGAAAAUCAGGAGAACGUGGAGAUAUUGGCCCUUCAGGAAUGCCCGGUAUGUCUGGACCCCCGGGUGCUGCAGGUUUAAAAGGAGAAAGGGGAGAGAGAGGCCCACCCGGACCAGUAUCAAUAACUUCAGGUGGUUCUGACAUAAUAACAGUCAAGGGCGAAAAGGGGGAUCUAGGACCCAGAGGUAGAAGAGGUCGAUCUGGACCACCAGGACCUAGAGGACUUCAGGGCCCACCAGGCGUGCCUGGACCUCCGGGAAAAGCCGGAGAUAAAGGUGAAAACGGACUUCCUGGAUGGAUGAAUAAUAAGGGACGACCGGGUACAUUUGGUCCUCCGGGGAACACCGGACCUAAAGGGGAAAAAGGAGACCCAGGCGUGAAUAUUUUGGAUGUCUCAAUGUUCAAAGGUGAAAAGGGAGAUCGUGGUGACAAUGGAUUUCCAGGACCCAAGGGAAUUCAGGGUCCACCGGGCCCACCAGGCAUUGCUCCAAAGUCGGAUGUUGUCCAGUACGUGCCGGGUCCACCAGGUCCCCCUGGACCUCCCGGAUCACCGGGUCUAGCUAUAGUGGGUCCUAAAGGAGAACCCGGAAUCAGCUAUAUAGAAGAAGGUCCUAUUCAUGGCAGUACGAAGUUCUUCGGCAGACCAGUUCAAAAAAGUGCUUUUGACGAAUUGAAAGCUCUAACGGAGUUAAAAGAACUAAAAGAAAAGACUAAAGAACGUCUUGGUCGAGAUAAUUUCGAGUCAAGAAGUCACCAUGCAGAUGAAUCAAGCAAAACGGUACCAGGUGCGUCCGUAUUUCGGACCACUGAAGAGAUGAUGCGGCUUGCCUCUUCGAGCCCCGUUGGUGCAUUGGCCUAUGUUAUGGAAGAACAAGUUCUGUUCCUCAAAGUGAAUACAGGAUGGCAAUAUGUUUUGCUCGGGUCAGUAGUGUCCCAAGCAGCACCGUUGACAACGACGCACUCCCCCGUCACACCCCCAAUGCCCGCAGCCAGUCUUGUUCACAGGGGACCAAUAUCCAAUUUAGUUGACUCGCCAGUACUCGCUCCUGUCGGGCCAAGUCUCCGUUUAGCCGCACUAAAUGAACCUCUAUCAGGUAACAUGCAUGGCGUACGGCGCGCUGAUUACGCGUGUUAUCGCCAAGCCAGGCGCUCUGGUUUAAAGGGAACUUUCAGAGCUUUUCUUACGAGCAGGAUACAAAAUCUAGACUCCACAGUACGUUACGCUGACAGACAUUUACCAGUGGUCAAUAUAAUGGGAGAGGUCCUCUUUAAAUCAUUUUCUAAUAUUUUUGAUGGAAAUGGAGGCUUCAUUGCUGGUACUCCACGAAUAUACAGCUUUAGCGGGAAGAAUAUUAUGAUGGAUUCAAAUUGGCCACAAAAACUAAUAUGGCACGGCUCCCACGCAAGUGGUGAACGCGCGUUGGACACGUUCUGCGAAGAAUGGCAGAAUGGAGAGCCCACAUCCAGGGGCAUGGCUGCGUCAUUAUAUUCACACAAACUGCUCUCUCAGGAAAGGUAUUCGUGCAAUAAUCACUUCGCAGUAUUAUGUAUAGAAGCCACAGCUCACGAAAGCUCUAGAAGAAAAAGAAGUACUUUCAGGUACAAUUCAACGCAAGACGACGAGGACUACUUGUACAACGCUGAGGAAUAUCAAGAGCUACUUAAUGAUAUAUUUGCUCAACCAUUUAGAGAAGAUUAAUUACAAUUAAUGUAUGUUAAUAAUAUUAUUUGUAUAAAGAUCUCAAUUUAAAUAAUGAGAAAAUGCUUCACGUACGGCCAAUGAGGCAUGUUUAUAUUAUAACAGUAUCAGAUAUGAAUAUUAAGUAUGAAAAUGCUAGUCUAUAAGCCUUGUUUGCCCCAAUGAAGAUAUAUGUAAGACGUAUAAACUAUAAACAUAACGUACGCAUGCUUUUAAGUGUUACGGUAAAAAAACUUGUCUUUGUCUAAGAUCUUUUGUCACUUGUCGAGUAGAAUUUGAAUUUCGAAUACAUAUUUACGUAGCAAGUUCGAAAAAUUUUGUUAAUUACUAUGGUGAUUGUACCCAUUCAUGAGAAGCUAGCUAGCAUCAAAUUAACAUACCGAAUUUGGUUAACUGUAAAAUUUAAGUAUUAUCAAUUUGUUAAAGCAUUUACAAGAGAUUAGCUAUAUUAUAUAGGAAAAGUUUUGUAUUAGUUGUUAUUUAGUAAGCACGUGACUGUAUUAUGGUUAUAAUAAAAAAACUUAGAAAGUUUACGAUUUGCUUAAGCUGCUGCAUUAAUAUAAAUAAUUAAUUAAAUCAUUAUACUAAGUUAUUUUAUUCUACGUAGAUAAAGCACGGCGUUGUAAAUAUAAUUUAGUCAAAGUUUUUUGUAAAUUGUAAUAAAAUUUUAUAUUAUUUAAGUAUUUUAAGUUAUAAUACUGUUUUUAACGCUAUACUUAAUUGGAUGUAGUAUAUUGUAAUUAAAACAUUAUUUAACAUCUGUAUACUUAUUAGCUUUAUUUCCAAGUUAUUAUAGAUAAUAAUGUGCCAUUGUAAAACAUACGUAGAUGAUGCAAUAUAUAGCGAGAAUUCUGUAUACAAAAAAAAAUUGUGAAUUCCCGGUAAUUGAAACAUAUUUGUAUUAUACUACUCGUAAAGUAUAAUAUAAGUAAAGUAUAGUAAAAUAUAGCGCAAAAAUAAUAUUGGAACUGUAAGUGAUGGUAAACUUGCGUAAAGGAAUUUGACAACUUGUUAACCCUCUGCGGCACCUACAUGUAUUGACAUUUUGAGGUCAAUGACCUUUAUAUUAAAUUAUUUUAUUUAUAUCACAAAAUUGACUUCAAUUAUAGCUUUUGCUUUAUAGUACCUAAAUAAUAUACCACUAGGGUAAGGCGUGGCCUAGUCGAAAUAUUUUACUGUUUUUGUAUAUUCAAACUUGUUAUGUACACGUAUUUUUAAUUAUUUGUUGACCAUUUUAUAUGCUUUGAAUAU